AUGUACCGGUGCGUUCACUGCGGCCUGUGCCUCAGCGCCUGUCCCACCUACGUAGAAACGGGCCUUGAGGCAGAAUCUCCCCGCGGGCGCAUUGCCCUGAUGAAAGCCGUCCACGAAGGUCGCACGGGCAUCAGCGAUCGUCUGGUGUCCCAUUGGGACAUGUGCCUCCAGUGCCGCGCCUGCGAGGCAGUGUGUCCGUCUGGGGUGCCGUACGGUCGCAUCAUGGAGCGUACCCGCGCGCAGGUUGCUGAGCAUGGCCAACAGAGUGCCGAGCUGAACCGGCUAUCUCGUCUGUUCCUGCGGGCCGCGCUACCGCACAACCGACGCCUGCGCCUCGCCGGCCACCUGAUGCGCGCCUAUCAACGCUCCGGUUUGCAGAAGCUGGUGCGAAAAUCCGGUUUGUUGCGCUGGCUGCCCGGUGGUUUGGGCGAUCUGGAAACGCAGAUGCCGGUGAUGGGCGCUCGUUUCUUUGGCGACAGCAACAAAACCUAUCGCGCCGAGAGCGAGCGCCGCAUGACCGUCGGACUGCUGUCCGGAUGCGUCAUGCCCUUGAUGCAGGGCGAGGCGAUGCGCGCCGCCGUCCGUGUGCUGCAGCGCAACGGAUGCGACGUGGUGGUCCCGCCGGCGCAGGGGUGCUGCGGUGCGCUAAAUUUGCACGCCGGCGACCUGGAGCUUGGGCGGCGCAUGGCCCGCCGCAACAUUGAUGCUUUCCUCCAGGCCAACGUCGAUGUCAUUAUCACUGCGUCGGCCGGCUGUGGCUCUGCGAUGAAGGAAUACGGCGACCUGUUGCAGGACGAUCCGCACCACGUUGCCGCCGCCAACGAGUUCGCGGCAAAAACGCAGGAUAUAACCGAGUUUCUGGCCGCGUUGCCGCUUGACCCGCCGCAGGCGGAGUAUCCCUCCCAUGUAACGAUGCAGGACCCGUGCCACCUGGCCCACGCGCAAAGAAUUACCGCCGCGCCGCGUCAGGUUUUGCAGUGCAUACCCGGCCUCACGCUCACCGAGAUGCCUGAGUCUGCGUUGUGCUGCGGCUCCGCCGGCUUCUACUCGCUGAUUCAGCGGGAGAUGUCGGGGCGGCUGCAACGACGCAAGGUUAACAACGCGCUGGCUACCGAGGCGAAUAUCAUCGCAUCGGCCAACCCAGGCUGCAUCUCUCAAUUGGAACAGGGGUUGCGCAACGUCGGUUCGGACGUGCGCGUGCUGCACGUGGUGCAGGUGCUGGAUGCGGCCUACCUGGCCGAGCAGCGCUGA